ACUGACACGGCAUGGCGGGUUCCACGAGCCCUCUUUUCUUGCUGCAGUUUUGGAAACCCUCCCUGUUUCACUUCUUUCCUUCUUCUUCUUCUUCUCUUUCUUCUCUCUCAUUAAUUAAUUUCUUUUCAUGGCAGCUCCCAACGCUUUUCAAAUCUCCAGGUAAAACAAAAACUAAAAUAACAAUAAAAGUAAAAAAUCUGUUCAUCAUGUCUCAGUUUCAAUUUUCAAUUGCACAUGGACGGUUGUUUCUCUCUUUCAUCGGGGAGAAAUUGAAAUUAGCCUUUGAUCUGGUGUUAUUUACUGACUUGCCAUUCGCAAUGCUCUACGAACAACACCAGGCACCAUGAGUAGUGUCGCUCUUCUUUGGCUCAUCAUCAUCACUCUUUUGUCACGUGAAUUGUUUAUGCAAAUUCCUUCGUCUUGUUUUUCUUCGAUAUGGGGUGUGGAGGAUCCAAAAUCGACGACUUACCGCUCGUGACGCUCUGCCGAGAACGGAAGGAGUUUCUCAAACAGGCGUCCGAACAGCGCUACGCGUUGGCAGCCGCACACUUGUCGUAUUUCUAUUCGUUGAAGGAUGUUGGUGAGGCGUUUCGAAAAUUCGUGGAGGAAGAGCUCGUGAUCGGAGGUUCUGGAUCUUCGCCCGACUCUCCGGUUCUCACCUUGCCGUCCGACGAAGGUAAAUCCUCGUUUAAGCAAAGAAAAAUUCGGAACUCGUCUUCGGCCACGUCGAUUUCCCAUUCUCCUGAUGAUAAAUUGAAAGAGGAGGAAAUAAGAGAAGAUUCACAUUUGCGUUUGUCUUCCGGGUCGGAUUUUGACAUGGACUCGGAGUCAGGUCAUAUCCAUAGAGAGGAUAGCGACGAAGAUGAAGAUGGACAUGAACACGCACACCACCAUGAACAAGAUGAGCCAUCUUCCUUAUCGUACAAUGGUUUUAAUUAUCCAUAUAAUUAUGCGCGACAAAACUUUAGUAACCCUCCAAAUCAACAAGAGUUUUCUUACCCUCCAAAUCGACAAGAGUUUGCUUAUCCUCCAAACCAACAACACUUUGCAUAUCCUCCUAACCUGCAGAACUCAGCAUACCCUCCGAAUCAACAAGACUGGUCAUAUCCUCCAAACCGGAACUACAACAGCUAUUAUAUGAAAAAAUCCGCUACACCGGCGAAGUCAGUUGUUUACGAGGAGCCCGAACGACAGUAUGCUGGGUCCGGUUAUGGAUACGGCUAUAGUGGGCCGGGUUAUCCGCCUAUGUAUCAGAAUGGUGGGUUUUUCGGGGGUUCAUUAUCCGCGUAUGAUCAGCGGAAGAGUCCAACACCCAAGCCGCAGCCACCUCCCUCGCCGCCGAGGGUUUCCACGUGGGAUUAUUUGAAUGUAUUCGACACUUAUGACGGUAGUGCUAACAUUUAUGGUAUGUAUCCUGGUUCAUAUAGAUACGGGUACGGGUCGAAUGCUAGUAGUCCGGAUUCGACGGUGGUGAGGGAGAGAGAGGGUAUUCCACCUUUGGAAGAUGAGACAGAGCCAGAAGUUUAUAAAAAUGAAAAAAAGAAAAAUAAAAUAAAUGAAGAAAUGAAUGCAAACGUGAAAAGUGGUAGUAAUAAUAAAAAGAAUGUGAACUUUGGUGAGGGAACUUCUAGGUCAGUGCCAAUGCGAAACACUAGUAGUGAGUCACCAAAAAUUGAGAAAACAGAGCGUAAUGACAUUAAGGGCAGUAGUGUUAGUAGUGCAGAAAGUAUUGUGGCAAAGAGUUUUGAAGAGGACACUGUAAGAAAAAAGGGAGUGAGUUUUGAGGUUGAGGACUCAUCAAUUACUCCUGUUGAAAUUGAAUCUUCCAAGUCUAGUAGUUUAACUACAUGGUCAGUUCAUGGAACAAGGGACCUUCAGGAGGUGGUAAAGGAGAUCAGGGAUGAGUUUGAGAUUGCUUCUAGUUUUGGGAAAGAGGUUGCCAUGUUGCUUGAGGUCGGAAAGUUGCCUUAUCAGCAUAGAACCACUCCACUACUUAAAGUUAUCUUUUCCAGGAUCAUAUACCUGGUUGCUCCAUCCAUGUUAUCUUCACAUCCUCCACAUAGGCGGCCGGCAUGGUUAAGUUCACGAACAAUGAAGAUGGCGAAAGCCUACUGUGGGGAUCCUGGGAAAGACUUUGAUAUGAACUCUGCAAACCUUUCAUUGACUAUGGAGAAACUUUAUGCCUGGGAGAAGAAAUUAUACAAAGAAGUUAAGGAUGAAGAAAAGUUAAGAGUUAGAUAUGAAAAGCAGUGCAAGAGACUGAGAAUGUUAGAUGACCGAGGAGCAGAGUCCGGCAAGAUUGAUGCUACACAGGCUUCAAUUAGAAAGCUGCUGACCAAAAUAAACGUUUGUAUCAGAGCAGUUGAUUCUAUAUCAAGCAGGAUACAUAAGUUAAGGGAUGAAGAAUUGCAGCCACAACUCACUGAACUAAUUCAUGGAUUGAUAAGAAUGUGGAGAUCCAUGCUAAAAUGCCACCAGAAACAGUUCCAAGCUAUCAUGGAAAGCAAAGUUCGUUCUCUUAAAGCAAACACAGGUUUCCAAAGAGAUUCUGGUAUAAAAGCUACACUUGAUCUUGAGAUGGAGCUUAUCAAUUGGUGUUCCAGAUUUAAUACUUGGGUUAAUACACAAAAAUCCUAUGUUGAGUCCUUAAAUGGAUGGCUUUUAAGGUGCCUUCUUUAUGAACCUGAAGAAACCCCUGAUGGACAAGUUCCUUUCUCUCCCAGCCGGAUUGGAGCUCCUUCAAUAUUUGUAAUUUGCAAUGAUUGGUACCAAGCAAUGGAUAGGAUUUCUGAAAAGGAAGUGACUGGUGCUAUGAGUGGAUUUGCUUCAACCUUGCAUCAGUUAUGGGAAAGGCAAGAUGAGGAGCAACGACGAAGGAUAAGAGCAGAAUAUAUCUCUAAGGAUUUUGAUAAACAGCUCAAGACUUUACGCAUGGAGAGGGAAAAAAUAGAGCAUGACCGAGAUGCAUUGUCUGACAAAACAGCGGUGUCCAAGGUCUCUGGAAGUGGAGUUUCACCUCUUGAUGAUCUGAAGGUUGAUUUGGAUUCAAUGAAAAUGAAAUUGGAAGAAGAGAGAGCCGGGCAUAAGGAAGCAAUUAAACUAGUUCACAAUGCAGCUUCAAGCAGUUUGCAGGCUGGUUUUGUCCCCAUUUUUGAGGCACUGAACAAGUUCACUGCAGAAGUAGUGAAAGUUCAUGAGGAAGUCAGGCUUGACCAUACCGGAGAUUUAUAGGGAUGCAUAACGAAACAUUUUGGCUUCAAUCUGACCAAGCCAGCCUUUUAGGGAAGAAGCCCUGCCUGAAUAUGUACAGUUGCUGUGAGAUCACUUAUGUAUAAUGUUAGAUCGACAAAGGAAAAAUCAAACGGAUCUAUACACAGUGAAUAUUAGGCAUUACAAGAAGUGAUUAAUUGAAGAUGAAGAAAGCGGGGUUGUGGAACCAUUCAAAGAAUGUAGAAUUGCAGAUUUGCCAGAGAGAAGUUCUUGCAGUGGUUCCAUCGGCAGGGAGCUCAAAGUUGAAACUGCUUGUUUCAAAAAUUUUGGUAAUGUUGUAUCCCCUUUACUUACAUAGGUAGAAAUUUUGUACAGAAAUUCAUUCAUUUAUUGAUUGGUAGUGGGUUGAUGUAUGAACUGUCGCUGGAAUUUUUGGAGGAUAGUAGUCAGGAGUAGAUUUUUGGUGUUGAAACUACGAAAUUUUGAUUAAUCAAUCUGAUAAUGAAUGAAAAUCUUUCUGUCU